UUCCACGCCCACAUCACACAGUUUCUGUCUCACACGAUAAACUUUCGCAGACACAUUUAUUCAUUACACAGGUCUCUGUUUCAGGUUUUCAGUCAGUGUCACUGAGUCCUAUCAGGAAUCUACUAAGGUACAGUGUGACUUUAACCAGACAGGAUCUGUAACAAUAAAUAUACAAAAGGAAAUAAUCAGCUGGGAACUUUGUUGUUGUUGUUGUUGUUUAACUGGAUCACUACAUUACACAUUACUGUACAUGUAGCUCCUGUUGUACAGAGUAGACGGAUAAACAGCAGUCGAAUGGAUCAGCUGAACUCUCUAACUCAUGACGAGUUGGUUAGAUUUUUUCGCCGUAAGAAGGCUGAGAUCUCUUGUAUGGAGGAACCUCACAUCUUCCUGAGGCAGCUCCGAGACCACGACCUGGUGCCUGAGGAUCUCUACAAGAAGGUAACAAAGAGGAGAAGUAAGAAGAGAAUAGAGGAUGGUGUGUAUGAGAUUUUGGACAGUUUGGAGAAUGAGGGAGGAGAUUUCAUCAAACGCUUUUGGAGUUGUGUGUUUCAGGACCACAUCCAGCAGAAAUACCCUGUUUUCCGCUUUCUCCGAAACAGCAUCCAGGACGGUUCCUUUAGGAAUGAUAUAAAGCUUCCUAAUGCAGAGAAUCCAAGCGGGAGUAACGAAGGUGAGAGACAAGGAAAGAACCAAGCGCAAACGAAGAAGGCAAAAAAGAGAAAGAUAGCUGAUAAGAAGGCAGAUGAAGAGGAAGCUGGCCCUUCCUCAGGGACCAGACAGAAGAAAGCGGACACAGAGCCUAUGUCCUCAUUGCUGUUACAUAGAGGAGAAGUUCUUGUUACCUGCGGAGACAAAAGAGGCACAUUGGAUCCAGACAAGCUUGGCAAAGGAGAAAAGUGCAUUUUUUCUGAGGAUCGGUGGUUCAUCCCAGGUGAGUUUGAGAGAUUUUCAGGAAAGGGAAGUUGCAAGAACUGGAAAACCAGCAUCCGCUACCAAAACACUACACUACAGAAACUUAUAAAGGACGGUCAUUUGAAGUGUCCGAGGAUUUACAGACGUAGUCGAUCAAAGAGUACGAGAAGCUCCAGCUCUCAGUCAAUGUUCAGUAGAGAGACUGAUGAAUCCAGUGAUGAGUACAUAACUGAUGAAGAAGAAGAAGAAGAAGAAGAAGAAGAAGAAGGAGAAGAAGAAGAAGAAGAAGAAGAAGACAGCGAGACAGCACAUUUGUCAACACUCCCGACUUUACCAGUCAGCUGUGGAUCUGUCAGUGGGGUUUUACAUAAAAGCAGAUUUUCAGGCGGGUCACGCAGUAAGAGUAUCCGCACAGAGGAGCGCUGGUUCACUCCUGAGGAGUUUGUAAAGCAGGAGUUAACUCUGACAGACGGACACUGGAAGAAAGAUAUACUGUGUCACGGAAAAACCCUCGACUACCUGAAGAAGAUCCUGUGUAUCCACUCUGUGCAGUGCAAGUGUGAUUGUUGUGAUCCUAAAGACCCGCUGGCUCAGAAUAACGACGACGUCUGCUUCAUUUGUGACUCUGACGGAGAGCUGGUGUGCUGUGACGAGUGUCCACGAGCUUUCCAUAAUGACUGUCACUUACCACCUACACACAACAACUCUAGCGGGGAUAAAUGGAUGUGUACUUUCUGUGAAUGGAAGAUUAACCAGCGAAUGUGGAUGCACAUGAGUCUGGAACAAGUUUUGAAAAGUCCUAUAAACCAAAACAUUAUGCGCUGUGAGUAUUUGCUGUUGUGUUUGUAUAAGGAGGAUGUGAGCCGUGUGUUCACUAAAGAUCCCUUAACAACCGUGUCGGGAUACAGCAGUGUGAGGUCUAAUCCCAUGUGGCUGGACAGAGUCAAGGACAAACUGCAAAGAAAACUGUACACUACAGUGGGAGAGUUUGUAGAUGACAUCAGGCUUAUCUUCCAAAACCGGGAUAAAGACGUUGGCAUGUUGGGAUCCAGACUGAGCGAGAUCUUUGAGCAGAAGUUCCUCACCUGCUUUAAGAUCCAGUAGAGAGUCUCCUGUUUCACCGAACUGCACCUGAUCUUUAUGUUUACAACCAAAACACAAAGAAUCGUCAGAGGAAUAUCAAAGACUAUGCACUGUAAAAAAUAUGAAGUUGAGUUGAAUUUAGUUAAUUUGCUGCAAAGCAAUUUUGAGUUUACUUAUCCCUCCUAUUGUCCUCCUAUACAAAUUAGGAGUGCCGAGUCAACUUGAUCUUGUCUGUUUUGACUGCUUAUAAAAAAUGAAGUAUAUAUUGUAGCGAUUUUGGCACGCAAAGCAAGGUAAAUAUUUAUAGGUAAUUAUAACGUGUUACAGUGACUCCUAAAUAUUUUAACCUAAGCUGAAAUUGACGGUAAUGGAAUUAACGUUACACUUAUUUGGCCUGUUCAUCCGGUGAACCGGCCAUGUAACCUUUAUUAAUUCUAUGAGGGCGCUAUCUUCCCUUUUACUUUAUACCGUAAUUUCAAUUAAAUUAACUUAAUAGAGCAUGUAGUUCAGACCAGAUGUUGCAGGUACCUUACGUUUGUGAGCGAUACUCACUCACUUGUGGCAAUCACUUGUGGAACAAAAAUAUGGCGUUUAAUGAAAGAGACAAACACAACAUAAAACUAACUACACAAACAAACAAAAGAAAUAGAGAAAACAAAAAUGAAAAUAAAAUACACAAAAGAAAUUGAAAUUGGGGAAAGGGAGGAAGUGACUGGAAAAGGAGAAAUUAGAAAGGAAGGAAAGGAAUGGCAAGCUUAGACUACAAAAUUAAUCACACCCUGACUGGGAAAUCGUCACAGAAACUUAAAUUCGCCUUAAAAUUCAAUGCGAGAUUCCUACUUGAAAUACGCAUCUAAAUUGAUUGGUAGAGGAAAUGGUUACUUGCAUUGGCUUGCAGCACAAGAGUCUGGAUGCAACGGAGAAAUCUCAGUCAGGAUGGGGUCAGACGUUUCUCCUGAGGAUGGUUCUGGGAAGUGGAGCUUGCCGGAAGUUCUCUGAAAGAAGAUGGAGUUGUCUCUAAGCUGUUCCGAAAAUCUGACCACGGAUUGGUGGUGUUUGUGACAAUUUAAAGGUCCCGAACUCCACCCAUCUUUGGGGAGAUGGCCAAUACUACGGCUCGGGUUUCGGAGGGAAAAACUCUCUUUGUUUCAGGUGUCUGUGGGUGUGGUUUAGCUAUCAAACUUUAGAUGACUUUAAAGUUUUUAUCCAAGGUGUGUUAAGAUGGUAUAGCGCUUUUCGUGCUCAAAUAAAAUACAUCAUUGAUUGAAAAAUGA